ACAAGCCAGAAGUGAGCAUCAAGCUGGGCACUGGUCUCCACGCCAGCCGCAUCACGGAGGGAGUGGACGUGUACAUGGAGUGCUCCGUCCUCGUCAAUUCGAGAAUUACUGACGUCAAGUGGAGCCGCGACGGCCAAGAGCUGGACGCGGACCUAACCGAAGGCAUUGUAAUCACUUCUCGCUACUUGGUGAUCCGCCGGGUGACACCCGACCACACCGGAAGCUACACGUGCCGGGUAACCAGCACCCGCGGCGACACCGUCGAGAGCACGCCGCUUCAUAUCCGCGUCAGAUACCCUCCCAGGUGCGAUUCCGAGGAAGAUCGCGUCUUGCGUGUUGAGAAAGACGCCGCCAUCAAUGUGACCUGCAACGUGCGAGCUGAUCCUAGCGAAGGCCUGCGCUAUUCCUGGCUCGCGGAGAACGCAACGGCGAGUAAAAGCCAGCCUACCCGGCCCAAGCAAGUGGAUGUGCCGCUAGUCACUGCCUCGAACCGCCUGGAAAUCAUCGCCAACGCUUCGCUCUUGAAUGCCGCACUCGCUUGCUGGGCCGAGAACGCCGUGGGAACUCAGAAGAGACGCUGUCGAUUCAAGUUCGUAUACAAGGGCGAAGCUUCGCCUGGCCUGACGUGCACCGUCGGCAAUUACACCGACAGCUCGUUCUCGCUUACCUGUUUCACACCUCUCGUCAACGGCACGACGAUGACGUCAACUAGACUCAGGCAAAAACAGCGACUUCGAGUACAGGUGAUUGACACCAGGAGGGGCAACCGGCCUGAACGGAGUUUCUGGAGCACGGACCUGGGUCCAAUACUCGUCAACCGACUCCGCUCUGCCACGGACUACUUGGUAGUGGUUCGAAUGCCUCCGGAUGCGAACUUCCGGACCUACGUGCGCACCCUGGGCCCAGCCGAAACCCUCAUUGGUCAAGGAGAUAUCAAGAGGAAUACUCAUGGCGGACGCUGGACACUUGCCCUGACCGUCGUGGUGCUAGCGUGCAGCCUCGCUAUCACUCUGAUGGCACUGAUUGGCAUCUACUGCACGCACUCCCACAGGAGUGCGUGCAGUAGGAGGAAGCGACGGAAGCCACCGGACAAGCAUUACAAAAGCGACGCCACUUUCACUGGGCGUGAAGACGCUGACUGUGUGCACAUUCGGGACCACAAGGCCUACCUCGCCACGACGGAUAGCUGCUGA